CAUCGCGGCUAUCUCCUCAUUACAGUGCCGGCUGCAUGUCAUGCAAGUUCGGUCUUCUUCGUGCCGAAUUUUCUUAAUCGUCUGAAUUUCGUAUUUUGGAAAUUCAAAAAUUUGCCCGAAUUUUUUAUCUCGGAUCAUGGCAUUGCAACGUCAAGUAUUUGCUAAGACGCUGAGCAAGCGCGACGCUGAGCAGGAGCAAGCUGCUCUAGCGUGGCUUUAUGCCGUGUCUGGAGAAGUUCCUCCUAAGGGAGACGUGCCAUAUGAAUAUCAGCUCAGGGACGGCAUACUGCUAUGCAAGGCCAUCAACAAACUCCUGCCAGGAUCAGUGACGAGCAUCAGCACAUCCGACAGCCACUUCAAGAUGAUGGAGAAUAUCAACAAGUUCACGGCGGCGUGCAAUAAGUACGGCGUGCCAGACGUUGACCUCUUCCAGACCGUGGAUUUGUUUGAGUUCAAGGACAUCGCCUCUGUCACGGGGACAAUCUUCGCGCUCGGCCGAACUACAUACAAGCACCCGGAAUAUACCGGACCUACUCUUGGGCCACGUCCGUCUGAAGCGCAGGCCCGGGAGUGGACCGAAGAGCAGUUGCGGGCCGGUCAGGGCGUUAUCGGGCUGCAGGCUGGCUCAAACAAGGGGGCCUCACAGGCGGGCUCGAACUACGGGGCUACAAGGAAGGUCCUGCUUAAUAAAUAGAAGAAAGUCCGACUCGAAAUGUAGGAAAGCCUUAAUCGAAAAGUAGGAAAAUUCUACUUGUAAAGUAUGAAAGAGCAUCUUGAGAAGUAAGUAAGUCCUACAUGGAAAAGAGGAAAGUCCUACACGAAAACUAGGAAAUUCUUACUCGAAAAGUAGGAAAUUUCUGCUUGGAAAGUAGGAGAGAGAUGAAGCAGUGGAAGAAAAGCAUACAACAAAUCUUUGCACUAAAAUAUCUUCUUAGAAAUGACUAUUGAUUGUAAUUAAAUUCCUAAGUCUAAACUGAAAAUGGAACGUAAUGUCUAUGCAUAACGUAGGCUAAAAUACUUUGUAAAGACAUUGUUUGAUUGUUGAACAUUUUUUUAGAAUGAAAGCUCAAUUCAUCCUAAUUUUUGGUCUGAAAUCAAGGCGCUGUGAAACCAAAUGCAUUUUCAAUUUUUUUGUAAUACCAGCAAAAUCUUCCCAGAAUACCAACAAAUCCUCUGUAAGAAACAAUUGAAGUCAAGUCUCUGCUUAAAAGAAUGAGAACUAUUCCUUAGUUAACCGAAUCUUCAAUAAUAUCAGGUUUCCACAUAUAAUUUUUGCAUUCUCUUGGCCGCUUGAUAUUUUCAAAAUAGUUCUGAA